AUGAAGUCAACCAUUGUCUCCAUCCUGCUCAGCGCGGGCGCCUGCCUAGCCUCACCUGUUGCUCAAGCAGACACACCAGUCUCCACGCCCUCUCCCACCACCCUCCAGCAAGGUGCCUAUUGGAUUCGUGGCGUGACGCCUCCAAACUAUCACAAAUACCUCCAGACGAAGCCCGCGAAUGUUCCCGGCAUCGCUAUUCUCGAGUCACACACCACGGCAGGACAGUUCAACAUCGAGGGUGGACAGCUAGUCAACAAGGUAUCCAACCCACCGUUGUAUCUCUGGGUGGAGGAGCCGGCCGACAAGGCCAACCCUCCUCGUACUCUGGCCACCUUCUUCAACACGACCAAGUCGACGUUUGGGACGUUUGCGUGGCAGGGAGACACACUCACGUGGAGCGUGCCGAGCAUCAGGAGGCAGAACGUCGGAGCCUGGCUUGUGUGCAAGAACCAGCAGCUGUUCAUCAACACGGGCGCUUAUGGUUAUCAAACGCCUGCAGGGUGCUCCGACCAUACUAUCCAUUACUACAACGACAAGACGGCAAACAACUAG